AUGAUGUUAUAUGCAAUAUGGGCCGUUUACGAUUUUCGUACACCUCGUCGAGGCUCACGUAACUGGACUUGGUAUAAGUACCACCCAUUAUGGAAACAUUUUGCUGACUACUUUCCUUUACGAUUAGUCAAAACUGCCGAACUGCCUCCAGAUAGGAAUUACAUCAUUGGGUCUCAUCCGCACGGUAUCCUUUCCAUAGGUGCAUUCACGACAAUGAUCACAAACGCAACAGGAUUCCUAGAAAAGUUUCCUGGUCUCAAACCAACAAUUUUGGCCUUGAAUAGCCAUUUUUAUUUUCCGUUCAGGAGGGAGAUUGGUAUUGGUUUGGGUGGCGUUGAAGCAUCUAGAGAAUCCUUGCAGUAUCUCUUGGAGAAUCCAGGAAAAGGUCGUGCUAUCGCAAUAGCGCUCGGCGGAGCACAGGGGCUACUUGAUGCUUGUCCUGGCACGCAUAUUCUCCAUCUUUCGUCACGGCGAGGAUUCUGCCGAUUUGCUUUGAAAUACGGUGCGGAUUUGGUCCCUAUGUACAAUUUUGGAGAAAACGAUGUCUUUGACACUAUCUCGAGUCCUAGAGGGACCGCUCUGAGAAAUUUUCAGGAUUUUAUCAAAAGGUGGUGGGGCUUUUGUCCUCCGCUAGCUAAGGGUCGCGGAAUCUUCAACUAUACAUUUGGCUUGCUGCCACACCGAAGACCAAUCACGACAGUCAUGGGUGCACCUAUAAGGGUUGAUCGACUUGAGAAUCCAUCAGAAGAAGACAUAGACAAACUGCAUGCAAAAUAUUGCAAAGCGUUGACGGAGCUUUUCGAAGCUCAUAAGAGCUUACAUAACAUACCAAAAGAUGUACAUCUGACUAUUUAUUGA